AUUUCUGUUUUGACGGAGAAUUUAAUAGAACGUGACAAUCUUGUGUCCUGGGAUCCUCCCAUAGAAAAACAAAUACAUCCCAUCUUCCCAUUUUUUCUGGAUUCAUUUCGAUCCCGAGGUGGGUUUUGAUUUGAAAAAAAAUGGCGGAAGAGUAUACAGAAUGUUUGCUGGAGAAUAAUAAGUACCAUGAGCAUUGCCCUGGCUGCAAGGUUGAUCAGAUGAAGAAGUCUCGCAGAGGAUUCCCUUUCUCCGAGCUUUUGUCCGUUUGGAUCAUCGUCCUCUGCACCGCUCUGCCCAUCUCCUCUCUUUUCCCAUUCCUUUACUUUAUGAUUAGUGAUUUUGACAUAGCAAAGAAGGAAGAGGACAUUGGGUUUUAUGCUGGAUUUGUUGGUUGCUCUUUCAUGCUCGGACGAACGUUAACAUCUGUCAUCUGGGGAAUCAUGGCUGAUCGUUAUGGUAGAAAACCAGUAAUCCUCAUAGGAACUGCGUCAGUGGUCAUUUUCAAUACUCUCUUUGGUCUAAGUGUAAAUUUCUGGAUGGCCAUCAUCACCAGGUUCUGCCUCGGUAGUUUCAACGGCUUACUUGGUCCUAUAAAGGCAUACGCAAUAGAAAUAUUCCGUGAUGAAUAUCAAGGUUUAGCACUCUCAGCUGUAAGCACAGCAUGGGGCAUUGGACUCAUCAUUGGCCCUGCUAUGGGAGGUUUUCUUGCUCAGCCUGCCAAGCAAUAUCCAAGUUUAUUCUCAGAGGAAUCAGUUUUUGGGAAGUUUCCCUACUUCUUGCCCUGCUUAGUAAUAUCUUGUUUUGCACUUUUGGUGACCAUUGCCUCACUGAGGAUUCCGGAAACAUUGCACAAUCACAAGAUUGCUGAUGAUGCAUCAUCACAUGAUGAGUCUAUCAAAUUUUUGUCCCAUGACCCUGAGUCUCAUAAAGUGACAGAGAGAAAUGAAAAAAACUCUCUCCUGAAGAACUGGCCAUUGAUUUCAUCUAUUAUUGUAUACUGCAUCUUGUCACUUCAUGAUAUGGCUUACACAGAGGUCUUUUCAUUGUGGGCAAACAGCCCCAGGAAAUAUGGAGGCUUGGGAUACACCUCUGCAGAUGUUGGUUCCGUUCUUGCAUUUUCUGGGUUUGGUCUCCUUGUCUUUCAGCUUUCACUCUACUCUUAUGCGGAGAGGCUUUUAGGACCAAUCGUUGUUACUCGUAUAUCUGGGAGUCUGGGUUUAGUUCUCUUAUCAAGUUACCCUCUAAUAGCAAAGUUAUCUGGUUUAGUCCUUACCCUGACGCUAAACUGUGCAUCCGUAGCAAAGAAUGUUUUAAGCGUUUCUGCUAUAACUGGCUUAUUCAUACUUCAAAACAAUGCCGUAGGACAAGACCAAAGAGGAGCAGCCAAUGGGCUUGCCAUGACAGGGAUGUCUCUUUUUAAAGCAAUAGGUCCAGCCGCAGCAGGAAUCAUAUAUUCUUGGAGUGAGAAACGUCAGGAUGCUGCUUUUCUUUCUGGCACACAAAUGGUAUUCUUUAUUCUGAAUACGGUCUUGGCACUGGGAGUUGUAUUAACGUUCAAACCAUUUCUAGCUGAAACAAAGCAGUAGAUUUCGAUGAAAUUUUGAUGGUAUUCAAAUUAUACGUCCGAUUUUUAUUUUUAUUUUAGAUCGUAUUAUAGCCUGAUGUCAAGUUAGAUCAGAGCCUUGUUCAAACAAUAUCACAAGACACAACUUGUUAGAAUGUUUUACCAUAUUAUUAUUCAACUUACAGAGUAAAAACAUUAACACU